AUGGAGACGGUACGAUUUAGCUACAGCGAUCGCGACUGCGACUUAAAAUUAUUUGCGGUCACGGUCGCAUAUUCACCGUUUGAUUCUACGGACAAUUCAUCUACUAACGUCUUCAAUAACCAUGAGUCAGGUUAUUUGCAGUUGUCAAACUCUACUAUCACCGUCAAGUACGAGCCUGUAACAUUGAGCAAUUCGGCCACGUUUUUGGACAAACCUUAUGUUUUGAAUACAACAGCGAAUGAUUCGACUGCGUUCCUGGACCAACCCUCUAUUUUUAACGUGACGGGUAACGGAUGGGAGACCACCACGAAUAUCAUCACUGUUACCGAGUUUAAUACGAACGGACCAGAGGUGAAUUCUACAUUAAUUACUGUCACACCAAACUUAGAGUCGAAACCCAUAGAAAUGGGCUCCACUAAAAAUAUCAUGAAUUCUACAUUUAAUGACUCAAUCUUUACGACAUACGAGCUAAAAACAAAUUUAACGAACACGGAUUCAACACAUAUGACUGAUCUAAAUUAUACAAUAAACCGUUCCAUAAAUACUGUGCAACAUUUGAAUUUGACAAGCAAUAGUUCUAUCAACUCUAUGCUUUUUUCUGCGAACUCCGAGUUAAAACCUGAGGUGUCAAAUUCGACAGAAACAAUUACCUCUACUGGCUUAAUUGUUGCCGAAGAUGUUGGUUUACAAUUGGGUUCAGAAGAAAAUCCUACCUCUGACACCGCGUCUGCCUUCUCCAAACGGUCUAUUGAAAUGGAAUCUCAAGAUGUGAUUCUUGGUAAACUUAAACAUUUUCGCUGCAUACCUAGGUAUCCGUGCAUAGUUAAUAAUUAA